AUGCUGAAACUCCCAUCCCCAACCUCAUCCUCCCUAGAAAGCAAACGGAGUAGUCCACUCCCCAACUCCAAAACUUCAGUGAAAACUAGCCGCAGAACCCCCCAGACCUCUGUAUCACUCACAUCAGAACAAAAAACCCCUAAACCAAAACCGAACGACACAACCACACCUGAACCCCCAGCUCCUCCAUUCCGCAGCGUCUCCGCCUGCAACAGAUGUCGCCUCCGAAAACACCGCUGUGACCAGCGCCUCCCUCGCUGUGAGUCAUGCGAAAAAGCUCAAGUCCGCUGCGUGGGCUACGACCCCCUCACAAAACAAGAGGUGCCACGCAGCUACGUGGCCUUCCUUGAAAGCCGCGUCAACUAUCUCAACCAGGUCCUCAUCGACCACGGCAUAGGGUUCAAGCCCGCCAUCGCCUAUGAUGAGGAAGAAGCGCUAAAGAUGGAGGCCGGCCAGUCGCCGAGGUUCGAGUCUCGUGGGCUGAGGGACACAAGAGAAAGAGAACUGCCAGAGCAGACGCAGAUGGGCGCGCGCACGUCUCGUAAAAGGAAAUUACCUCAAUAUGCUGAAGACACGAUCCCGGCGAGACAGGUCAAACGCUUGGCGCAGCUAAAUGUCCUUCUUACCGAGUUGUUGACUGAUGGCUGUGAACAUCGCCAAUGUUCCCGCGACCCUGGGAGGGGUUAUUUGCGUGCUGCUCGUAGGCAUCACGUAGUGGAGGACUCUCUUGAACAGAGACUACCAUGGUCUCCACAGAGCUUUGGUUCGAUAGAUCACAGUGAUAGCCACACGAGGUCUGAGUCACCAGCGUCAUCGCAUGAGCCAUAUCAAUAUCCCAGGGUGGCUCCUGGGCGCGGUUCAUCUCUACUCGGUGCAAAAUCCAUCUUGAGAUCAGAUGGGUGCGAAGUACAUGACACAAAAAGACAUCCUGGAGUCGAGCUUGAUUUAGUAGAUUUCGAGUCCGAGAUACCCAAUAUCAAGCCUGUUGGGAAUGGGAAAUUGGGCAGCACCAAUGUUGCUCGACAUUUAAAUGUUUCCAGUCGUGCUUCGUCGCCAGAGGGUCGUUCGAGUCCCGAGUCAAAGUUUGAUAUUGCUGCUGAUCUUCUGAGGGGACGGAGGGAGAGGGAGAGGGCUAAUUAUGAUUUGCUGGAUGAGUUCCUUGUUGAUUGGGCCGAGUGA